UCCAGCCUCCUCCCUCAGACCCAGGAACACAGACCCCAGCCUCCUCCCUCCUCCCCGAGACCCAGGAAUACAGACCCCAGCCUCCUCCCUGAGACCCAGGAACCAGACCCCAGCCUCCUCCCUCAGACCCAGGAACACAGACCCCAGCCUCUUCCCUCAGACCCAGGAACCAGACCCCAGCCUUCUCCUUCAGACCCAGGAGCCAGACCCCAGCCUCCUCCCUCAGACCCAGGAGUCAGACCCUAGCACUCUUCCUUGAGACUCAGGGGUCCAUGCCUAGUCCUUUUCCUUCAGACCCCUGUUGGAAAGACCACCCCCCCUCCAUUGCAUCAUCCGUCCAGGCUGCCCUGGCCACGGUGGAAUUCAGGUUUCUGCCAAGUGUGUCAAAUAUCACGCGUCAGGAGUGGGGAGGGCACGUGGGCGGGCCUGUCUGGGUAUAAAUUCUGGGACUUCUGCAUUCACCACACAGCCUUAGUAUCUUGUCAGCUGGGGAUUCCACGGGAGACAUAGACUUUCACUUUGCCUGAGCCCCGGUCUGAACCUGCAUCUGCUUUGCUGGGGCCAGACAACCGCUCACAGACGCUUGCUUGCCGGGGGCUCUUGGUAGAGAAGUGCACCAUUGAUGGACUGGAUGAAAUCUCGAGUUGGGGUCCUGGGACUGCGGGUCCCUCUGCUGGCUGUCUUCCUCCUGGGGGUCUGCCAGGCACACCCCAUCCCCGACUCCAGCCCCCUCCUCCAGUUUGGGGGUCAAGUCCGGCAGAGGCACCUCUACACAGAUGACGACCAGGACACUGAAGCCCACCUGGAGAUCAGGGAGGAUGGCACAGUGGUCGGCGCCACACACCGCAGCCCAGAAAGUCUCCUGGAGCUCAAAGCCUUGAAGCCAGGGGUGAUUCAAAUAUUGGGAAUCAAGGCUUCUAGGUUUCUUUGCCAACAGCCCGAUGGAACCCUGUAUGGAUCGCCUCUCUUUGAUCCGGAGGCCUGCAGCUUCAGGGAGCUGCUCCUUGAGGAUGGAUACAAUGUGUACCAGUCCGAAGCCCAUGGCCUGCCCCUGCGCCUGCCCCAGAGAGACUCUUCAAACCAGGACCCAGCAUCCUGGGGACCUGUGCGCUUCCUGCCUGUACCAGGCCUGUUUCACCAGCCCCAGGAACUUCCAGGGUUCCUGGCGCCAGAGCCCCCAGAUGUGGGCUCCUCUGAUCCACUGAGCAUGGUGGGGCCUUUGCAGGGCCGAAGCCCCAGCUAUGCUUCCUGA